GUGUCUCCCCAGGUCGGGAAGGUCAAGAUGGCUAAAUUCCUUCCCCUGAUUCUCGCCGGAAUUUUGACCACAGUGCUCCAUGAAGCCCAGGCGAACCUGCCUCCAGGCCCUGCUGUUGAUGUGCUUGUGACUCCCAAAGGCCCCAUGGCAACUUGCAAGAAAACCAAAAGGUCGGUCGUGUUCCAGUCCAUCAUGUCUAAGAAGGGAAUCAUGUAUAGCCGCACAUACACUUACCCUGCGAUAUUGAAAUGCUUCAAAAGCUCCCAACCGAGCGCGGCCACCUUCAGAGACUGCGUCAACGCUGCCGCCUUGGCCGGACACUCCACCCUGUCCUUCGAUGGUACCACCUGCUCCACAUACAACGCAACCGUACCGAGUCAUGCAUGUGCCGACCAGAAGGCAGCAGCGGCAAACUACAUAGCCAUCUACCAGGCCAACCCACCUCUGGUCAAGCCAAAUUUCGGAAAUUUCAAAGUGUUGACGGUGGCUGCGACCCGGACGGCGGAUACGAAUAACAACUUCGACGUGACGUGGACCGCAGAAGAUGGUGGCUGCAACUACUCUGGCUUCGUCGUCAGCUUCUCCGGCCAGGAGAAGUACGUCGAAACCACUUCGUCCCAGACGACGAUAGAGAACAUCCCAGAGUGCAGCAGCACAGACGUCACCGUCUCCUUCGGUCUCCCCACAGGAGAGAAGUUCGGUACCACCGCCCACACGGCGGUGACUACCAUACCAGAACCUCAAGAGUACUCGCCGUUCAACGAGGUACCGGGAUACACACUGGAAGUCAACUUGUUCCCGAACAAAACGAUCAUCGUAUCUUACGACGUUUCCCCUGGCUGCGGUAGCUUCACCAACUUCAACAUUCAGUUUAGCAUCGAUUACACGAACGCAUCGCGCCCUAAUCCGGAUCUUGACUUCCCCAUAUCGAAACCAAAAGGCACCAUCGUGAUCGGAACUGCGGAUGUGCCUGAUAUUUGCCUGGCUUUCGGGGUCCAGAUCGUGUACACCCAGACGACGGACAGCGGAGAUAUCACUGAUGGCAAUACGUUUCAGUUACCUCUCGACGGACUCUAUGAUGAAAACCUGUACUCCUACGAAGUGGGUGCGUCUGAUGUCUUCUUCCACUGGCCUACUAACCUGACAGCUUACGACUUCUGUGGCGUCCUCCCCGGUACCACACUGGCAAUCCAGAAAAAGUCCGGUGGUGGUAACAUUUUCACGGCGCCAAUAUCUGCUGGCAGCAUCACACUCACCGACCUGGCAUCUUCGCUACCAACAUAUGUCGUUGUGAUGGAUGCUAGCUUAGGCGUUAUUCUGGCAGAAGUCUGGGUCUGUCAAGGGGCCGGCUGUCCUUAAGCGGUUCACUGCUGGCGUUCUAGAGCGAUUUUCUGCAGCGGUUCAUCAUGAACUGCACCCAAUGGAACCCUGCAUGCCAAGCCAUUACAGUUUCUAAUCAGGAACUGUAGGCAGAUGAGAACCAGCCCAGUUAAAUAAAUAUUAUUGG